UUUUCCAAUUUCUCUUCCGUUGUUCUUUUUUUCUUUCUCAUUUUCCUCUUUCCGGGAAAUUUCUCUCUCUUCCUAGAAAUUUUUUUCUUCUUUCGAUUUCGAUUUAAAGAAAAUAUAUUCAGAGAAAGAUUGUAAGAGAGAGAGAGAGAGUUUAAGACUCAAUUCACAGAUUCAAACUAUUCGAUUCGCGAUUCGAGUGAGUUAUGAGACCGAUUCAAUCUCCGCCGCCUUCUUCUUCAUCUUCAUCAUCAUCCUCUUCAUCUUCAUCUUCAUCGUCUUUUCCGGGGACUGGCUCAGCUCCACCACUACCGCCAAGACGACGUCGUCCUGACCUAACCCUACCUCUUCCACAGCGAGAUCCUUCUCUCGCUGUACCUCUUCCUCUUCCUCCGACUUCGGCUCCAUCAUCAUCAUCAUCUUCUUCUUCUCAAUCAUCGUCUUCUACUUCCGGUGUUGUUGUUGGUGGUGGUGUUGGAACUCAUCUGAAUCAAAAUAAUCAGAAUCAUCAUGGUCGUAAAAGUAAUCAUCAGCUCAUCCAUGUAUCGGAGCUUGAGCGAGUUAGCAGAGUCGGUAGCGGAGCUGGAGGAACGGUCUACAAAGUGAUCCAUCGUCCUACUGGUAAGCUCUAUGCUUUGAAAGUUAUCUAUGGUAAUCACGAUGAGUCAGUUAGGCGUCAGAUCUGUCGUGAAAUCGAAAUCCUUCGUGAUGUUGAUAACCCUAAUGUUGUUAAAUGUCAUGAUAUGUUUGAUCACAACGGUGAAAUCGAGGUUCUCCUCGAGUUUAUGGAUCGUGGUUCUCUUGAAGGUCAGAAAAUCCCUAGGGAGCAAGACCUAGCUGAUCUAGCUCGUCAAACCCUACGUGGAUUGGCUUAUCUUCACAGCCGUAGGAUCGUUCAUCGCGAUAUCAAACCCUCGAAUCUACUGAUUGAUACGCGAAAUCAGGUUAAGAUCGCUGAUUUUGGAGUGAGUCGGAUCUUGGAACAGACUAUGGAUCCUUGUAAUUCUUCGGUUGGAACUAUUGCUUAUAUGAGUCCAGAGAGAAUCAAUACAGAUCUAAAUCAAGGUCAAUAUGAUGGAUAUGCUGGUGAUAUUUGGAGCUUAGGUGUAAGCAUACUUGAAUUCUAUCUAGGAAGAUUCCCUUUUGCUGUUGGUCGUCAAGGAGAUUGGGCUAGCUUGAUGUGUGCUAUCUGUAUGUCUCAACCACCUGAAGCUCCACCAACGGCUUCAAGAGAGUUUAGGGAUUUCAUUGCUUGUUGUUUGCAGAGAGAACCAAGAAGGAGAUGGACUGCUUCAAGGCUUUUGCAUCAUCCAUUCAUAGCUCAGAAUAACAUAGCUGGGAACAAUCAGGUUCUUAACAAUGUUCAUCAACUUCUUCCUCCUCCUCCUCCUCCACGCACUUUACCUUCCUAGCCCUAGAUUUCAAUUUUCUAUAGACUCUUAUUUUAUUAGCUUAGUUCUUUCUUUCUUUCUUUCUCUCUUUUGGGGUUUUCUAUUUUGUCAAUUAAUUUUCUUUCUUUUUGCUCUGUUUGGUCUUUUAAUAUUUUUAACGAUCAUAGUAAUGAUUUUGUGUAAUUUUUGAAAUGAUGGGUCUUUGGAUUGAUCAUGAAUUUGGUUGAAUAUGCAAUAUUGAAGGAGAAACUUUUGUAUU